UACGUCACCAACAUCACUGACAGAUUGGCAUUGUAAUAUCAACGUGUGUUGUCAGUUUUCAGGCCGACUCGUUUCUCGUUGUUUUCCAUUUAGUUUUCUUCAGUUCUUAGUGAAUGAAAAGUUUUAUUUAAGUCAACUUUUAGUUAAAAGAAUGUCAGGCCAGUGGGAAACAGUUGGAAAAAAGAAAGAAAAGGGCAGUCAAAAAAUUGCACCGCCACAAACAAAUAACAAAAAGAAAAUAGAAAAUUUCGCUGUAAAAGUUGAAGAUGUUUUGGCGAAAUCGCAGGUUAAAAAUUUAUAUUCCAAUGAUAAAAAUAAAGAAAACAAACCACUAGAAGUUAAAAAGAGUGCGGAUUUGGGAGCAAAGAAAACACAGAAAAAGCAAGAAAAACCUGUAGAAAUACAAAAGUCGAAAGCACCGAAGUCUAUAGAAAGUGCUCUUAAACAAAUUGAUGUGGAGGAAUUUAAUAAUGUAUUUGAGAAAAGCAGAUCACAUUUUCCUGAUGCACCAAUUGUAUGGCUGAAAGAUUUGGCCCACUUUUUAAACCAGAAAAUUAACAUAGAGUUGCAAGAUCCUGUUUUCACGCAAAAACCUCGGAAUUUUCCACUGAAUAUUGUACCUUCUGCAAUAACUGGUGUGAUUGAAAAGGCUGUCCACUUGGCAAAUGAAACAAAUGUGCAGCUGUUUUUUGACAUUGCUUUGACAUCAAUGGUCACAGAUAUGAGUAAAAAUCAGCCAGCUGUAGGCCAUAAAGUGAUCUUACAAUACAUUGCCAUAAAUAAACCCAGUUUAGUGGUUGCAAAUUUGGGAAAGCAUUGUAUUUUAAGAACAUCUUACCAAAAUCGCCCUAACAUUGGUUUAUCUGUUUUAUGGGCAGUUGGCCAAGUAGGAAUUAGUAAUUUUGAAGCAGGGUUGAAAGUUUUUCAGGAAUUAAUGUUACCGUUAAUUGAACUAAAAAACUAUUCCAGAUUUGUUGUUCAAUAUUUGUUGGAUUUGAUAAGUUGUAAUAAUGACUUCACGCUCAGCAGAGAUCAGUUUUUCUUCAUCUUGGAACUGAUUUUCUCAAACAAAAAAAACUUUCCUAAUGAUCUGAAGCAGAGUUUGGUAGACACCAUACCUAAUUUAAAAUCGUGUCUUUUUUCUGGAAAUAAAAAAGAAGCGUUCAAGAAUUCGCUAGAAAUUUAUUUAAAAAAACUAGCUGCCAGUGAAAGUGAUGCGUGUCAGCAAUGUCUGUGUGACGUAAUUGUUGAAGGAUUUACCACAGACCCAAGUAGUAUAGAGCAUUGGGGUAAAGCUUUUGUUAAAAAUACCACCGCAAGUGCCAUACUUCUUCAGUAUGUAGAUCGAAACUGGAAUACAAUUUCUGAUCAAUUAAAUAAGAAAAUAUUUAUAGAAGUUUUGAAGCAAGUUUCUGCUACGAAUAGUGAUUUUGUAGUAAAAAAGAAGAAAGACGACGGACUAAUUGAGACCAUUCGCAUUGCUAAAAAAUUACUGGAGAAAAUGACUGAGAAGAAAAAGUCCCGUUCCAGCUUCAAAUUUCUUUUUAUCCUAAUUUGCUUGACAGUGGGAAGCUUUAUCUACCUUGACGUUAAACAGAAAGGAAGUUGGCAAAAGUCUAAUACAAACCGGAUUCUUAAGCAGUAUGGAGUGUGUGAAUAUGUUCAUGUAAUACAGGACAAAUUUCAUCACGGCUUGUUGUUAAUAGACCAACAAAUCGAAGACAACUUUCCCACACAACGCCAAACUGUCAUUGAAUUUUCAACACCAUAUGUUGAUUUAAGCAGGAAUUUGGGACGUGUUUUUUACAAUAUAAUUCUUAACAUCAAUGAAGUUGUACAAGAAAAAUAUCCUGUUGUGUUACAAUCAAUUGAAUCAUAUGCUCCAGGUUUUGUGGAACAUUCACAAAAUGCAGUGAGAAGCGCUUGGUCUUCAUCUAUAUUUUAUUUCAACAAGAGUGUUGAUUAUUUACAGAAGGAAGUGUUUGUUGGGCAAUUAUCACCAGAGAACAUGCAAAAAGUCGUAAUUGAAGCCUUCAAUACAACACAACACAAAGCGUCAGAGUACUAUCAUUGGUUAUAUGAAAAGGUACAAAGUGCGAUCAAAUAGGGCUGUGAAGUUGUUUUUAUGUAAUAAAGACUUGUGUAAAACUACUUCAUUGUGGGAUUAGGCUAUGGUUGUUAAUUUUUACAAUGUCCUUUUUUAUAUUUAUAUUUAUUACUUUUCACUUGGAAGUUAAUUAAUAUAUUUUUGUUUACCA